AUGAAAUCAAUGAAAUUACUUGCAUCAGAUAGGACUAUUGUUGGCAUAGCAAUUCUUCACGAAGAAUGUAAUCAAUUCCAUAGUAUUACAAUACCCUCUUCUUAUUGCAUACUUAGUUUAACAAAAUGUAUUAGCUCUUAUCCUCUUGAAAUUUCAGACCUAUUUGAAAAUCAUACCAAUCUUUCCCAACUUAGUAUUGGUGAAUUUUUUAUAUGGCGUCGUUCUUUAUUAGAACUAGAUUUAGAUACAAAUCAAUCUAUAAAUCAAGAAUUAGCAUUACCUAUAAACCAAGAAUUAGCACCACCUAUAAACCAAGAAUCGGUACUACCUAUAAAUCAAGAACCAUUAUCACUAUCUAUUAAUAUAGCCAAAAAAUCUUCAUUUGAUAAUAAUUUAGCUGAACCAUCAAUAAUUGUAGGAUAUACUUUACUGAAUGAUAGAAAUUUAGGUUUAAUAGUCAGAGCAGAUAUAGUUUAUCAUCGUGCUGGCACUGCAAGUAAUAAAAGUACUGGAUUACGCACUACAAGAAGUGUUACAACUGGUUGUCAAUUUAAAGUAACAGUUCGUUGGGUAAAAAAUGAAAAUCAAUAUUGUAUAAAAUCAGCAAAUAUUGAACAUAAUCAUCUAUUAGAUUCUGCAGUUGUUAUAUUUGAUCCUGGUUAUCGAAAAUUAAGCAGCAAUGAGAAAACUCAAAUUCAAGUGCUUCACAAUAGUGGUAUACCAAUACCUACAAUUGUUAAUAUGUUAACUGAAGAGUAUAGUCGAUAUAUUCAUAGCAAAUAUGUAUAUAAUGCCUUAACUUGUCAAGCUCAUGAUCGUAUUAAAGGUUUAUCCCAAGUUGCUGAAUUAUUGAAUAAUCUACAAAAUAAAGAAGAGUAUACUGUUACUUAUUCUGUUAGAAAUAAUAAACUUUAUAGUUUAUUUUUUACUACUUCUAAUUCAUUAAUGGUAUUCAAACGGUAUCCUCAAAUUGUAUUAAUGGACUCAACAUACAAAACCAAUCGUUUUGGAAUGCCACUUUUACUUAUUAGUGGGGUUGAUGCAAUAGGAAUUACAUUUUUAAUUGCAAGUAGACUUAUUUCAAAUGAAACUAUAUCAAGCUUUUGUUGGGUACUUCAACAAUUAAAACAAGUAGUCGGUGAUAUAACUAUAAAUAAAAUUCAAACUAUCUUAACUGAUAGAGAUCUUGCUAUGCUUUCAUCUAUUCGAAAUGAGUUAUCACAUGUCAAACACCAACUUUAUAUUUGGCAUUUAGAACAAAAUAUAGUUAAAAAUUUAACUGGCAAACUUGGUAAUAGAUUUUUAGCAUUUAGUAAAGAUUUCAAAAUUACAAUGAUGCAAAAUACUGAAGAAAUGUUUGAAACAAACUGGAAUUAUCUUUUGAUAGAGUAUCCUGAAGUAGAAAAUUAUAUGAAUAAGCAAUGGAAACCUCUUUCAUUACCUUUACCUGAGUUAAUAAAUGCAUUGGAUAAAUUAUCUUAUCAACAACUUCAACAUUCAAAAUAUCAACAAUAUCGUAUACGUGGAAGUACUCUUCAGCAAUGUUCUGAAUUGCUUAAAAGCAUUUCAGCUAUUGUAUCAAAUUUCACAUACUCAUUGAUAUUAAAGCAAUAUAAUUUAGCUAAUACUAAAAAUUAUUCUAUUGAGAAACAAGAUCGCUUAUUUAAA